GGAAAUUCAGAAAUAAGAAGACUAACAAAAAAUAUGCAACAUGAUGAUGUCAUAUGGAGUAUUAUCAAUAGCACAUUCUGUUCGUUUAAAGUGAGAACAAAAUCCCAGAAAUUCUGUAGGAAUGAGUACAACUUAACAGGAUUAUGUAACAGAGCAUCAUGUCCACUCGCUAACAGUCAAUAUGCCACUGUCAGAGAAGAAAAGGGUGUGUGUUACCUUUAUAUGAAGACAGUUGAACGAGCUGCAUUCCCCAACAGAAUGUGGGAAAAAGUAAAGUUGUCUAGGAAUUAUGAGAAAGCUCUGAAACAGAUAGAUGAACAGCUUAUCUACUGGCCAAAAUUCAUCAAGCACAAAUGCAAACAGAGAUUCACAAAAAUAACACAGUAUCUAAUCAGAAUCAGGAGACUGGUGCUCAAAAGAAGGAAAAAGUUGGUUCCUCUAAGCAGAAAAAUUGAAAAACGAGAAAGACGAAAAGAGGAAAAAGCCCUGAUAGCAGCUAAAAUAGACACAGCUAUAGAGAAAGAGUUACUGGAAAGACUCAAGUCAGGAACGUAUGGAGAGAUCUAUAAUUUCCCUUCCCAUGCAUUUGACAAAGUGAUGGAUGAGGAGGUUGAAGAAGAAUCGGAGUCAGAGAAGGAAGGAGAAGAGGAAGAGGAAGAAGAAGAGGAUGAGGAGGAAGCAGAAGUAGAGUAUGUAGCGGAGGAGGACUUUGAGGAAAGCAAUUUAUCAGAUUUAGAGGACAUGGAUAGACUUCAGGGUGAGGAUAGUGAUGAAGAAAGUGAAAGUGGUUCAGAAAGUAGCUCAGAGGAGGAGGAAGUGAAAAAAGGAAAGGAAAAGAAACUGAAGGCCAAGAGGAAGAGACCCAGAGUGGAAAUAGAAUAUGAACAGGAAAUGGAUCAACCAUCAACCUCCAAAAUCAAAACAAAUACUUGAUAAAAGAAAGAUGAGGAACAAGGAUUUUUUUUUUUAAAAAUAACUUUACUUUCUUUCUGCUCCGUGGAAUUAUGGGAUUUAUUCAUUCAACUAUCUGUGUGUGAAACUCCAAAUCUUAAAAAUAUCUAGUAUUUAUCUUCAUUCUAUUAUUUCCCAUGAAAUAUAUGGAAUUUUUUAAAAAGUGAAAAAAUCUCAUUACUUUCUUCUCUGUAUAUUUUUUUUCCUUGGAAAACCUUUUCAGUGUUUCUUUUUAUUUGUUUAGCAGAUUUCUAAAUCAUUUAUGAAAAUGAUGGGAUCAGAGUGUAGAAAUCUCUUCAUAACCCAUAUCAAUUUUUAAGAGGAAAACUCAUACAUGACAUAAGAAAGCUAAAGCAAACGUGUAUUUCAGCUACCUAUACAGCAGUUUCCUCAUGUUUUGGAACUGAAUUUAAUGAAAUGUGUCUACUUGUUCUUUGUUAUUACAAGGAUUUGUUUUAAAUAUUGAAAUUAAAAUUGUAGAAUAUAACAUGAUUUUUGUCAUUUCGAGAAGAAAAUUUGAGUACAAGAGUUUGAAAACAUAUAGCAGAUUGUGUCCAGAUUUUCAUGCUAUAGGCUACAAAGAGAGAGUUAUGCAUUUGAAUGCAAUGCAGAACCUCUCUAAAUUCAAUGAAUGCAAUUUUGUCAAUGGAAAACGCUUUCACUUUAAAUUAAUGACAUUAUUUUCCUCCAUUAUAGAACAGUUGCUUCUGGCCCUGAUACUGAGGGAACAAAACACGCUCUUUGUGUUAAAUACCUCCAGAUGAGCAGGGGCCAAGACGUGCAGUUAUUAUUUAUGUGCUAAAA